AUGGACACUUUCCCCAGAACUCUAACAGGGAGGAAUUUCCCGGAUGCCAAAGAUUUUGAAAUAGCGAAGGCUGCAAGGUUAGGAAUGAAAGGAAUGGCUAUUCUGGGUGUGCUGAAGAAAAGUCAAAACAGAUGGGCAAGAGACAUAUUCCUGCAUAAUAUUUACCUUCUGAUUUUGAGUUUGGUUUGUUUUGAGCUUUUCAUGGCCAUUAACAAGUUCUUGACUUUUGCAAUGUCAAGUCAAGCAGAUUCUUCACAUAGGAUAAAGCAUAAAAAUAACGAGACAGCUGUUUUGGGAGGAAAUGUGACUAUUUUCUGCAAUUUAACUACGGUAGCAGAUGUUGUGCAAAUUACCUGGCAGAAGAUCCAAGAUUCUUUGCCACAAAAUAUUGCCACUUACAGCAGUAAAAAUGGAGAGAGGAUCCUUCCGCCAUACACAGAUAGGCUGCGUUGCAAGAGCAUCGAACCCAGUUCCUCAUUCAUAACUAUUCUUGAAGUGACAUUUGAAGACGAAGCCUGCUACAAAUGUUUGUUUAAUGUGUUUCCACACGGCAGCCAUGGAGAACAAAUCUGCCUUAACAUUUUAACUGUAUCCGCAUUAAGAACUGAGCUCCAGCUGAAUCCCGAUCCUGAAGGUUUUCUUAACGUUCUGUACUCAGCUGUGGGAAAACCUGCUCCUCAAAUAGCUCUUUUCCCAUCACAAGCCCUUGUUAAACCACCAGAGGAGCAGCUUGUUCAGAAUGCCAAUGGUACGGUGACUGUCACUAAGACGUGCACCGUCUCCUUGGAGACUCUGAGGUCCCUAGGACUCCAACAUCUGAUUGUGCACCUGGAUCACCCUUUAAAGAAGGAAGAAAUUAUUGUUCCUCUGUCAAUAGAACAAGAAUGGAAUUUUGAUGACAAAGUGAGCUUCGGUCAAUUUGGUGGCAACAUGCAUUUUGAAGUUACUGGGCCUUUAGUUAUUGGAAAAGAAACUCCUUGA